AUGUCAAAAUCUAAUGCAAAGGCCUCCAAACUGGCUGCUUCAACGCCUGACACUUUCCAAAAAGGGGACAAUUUGCUCACUGCGUUAGUCUCUGGCUGUACAGCUGCUGCGUUUACGGCCACGGUUACUUACCCAUUUGAUUUCAUAAAGACCCAACAGCAAAUAAACAAUGUCGCGUAUAUGAAAAAGUGGGACAUUCCAGGGAACUAUCCAGCAACUUUAGGUCAGAUGUACAAAGGUGGUAGUGCUUUGGUUUUAGGAGCAGUCGUCAAAAAUGGAGCAAGAUUGAUUUCAUACAAUUGGGCAUCUAAAUUCAUGUCGAUCGACUCUCAUCAUGGAGAAACAAACAAGACUACAGCUCCUCGAAUUGUUAUUGCUGGUAUAAUGAGUGCAACAAUUGAAACAGCAUUUUUAAUACCGUUUGAAAAUGUCAAAAUCACAAUGAUUCAAAAUCAAUCGUUGAAAAAUGAGCUAGCUAGGACCAAAGAUAUAGGCUAUGAUAUUACCGGAACCAAAGUGGGACAUCACUCGCAUCAUCACCAUCACCAACAACACACUCCCCACGCAUCAGUUGGUAAGUCCCUUUUUGCGCGUCAAUACGUUUCACCCAACUCUUACUACUCGACAGAAAUUUUGGAUAAUAAGAAACACAAAGGUCGGUUCCCACCACCCGUACCAAAGGGGGCUCAGAAUAUCGAGAGUUUGAAAGCCCACUACAAUCAGCAUCCAUCAUUGACUUUAUUCGGGACCAUAAGAGAAAUGUACAGGCUUAAAGGAAUAAGAGCCUUUACAGCGGGUACGUUCAUUACCUAUACGCGACAAAUUGCACUUUCAUGGGUAUGGUUUUCCUCGUAUAAUGCUAUGCGUCAAUUGAUCAAUCCUCAUCAAACGGAAAAUGCUUGGUUUGGACACAAUCAUACACUUGUGCAACUGCUCGGAUUACACACAAUCUCGUCGUUUGCCGUCAUUGCCGUAACGCAACCAUUGGAUGUUGUUAAAACCCACAUGCAGCUGAAAAAUGGGAAAGCAAUUUAUAGAGAUUCAUUGAGCACUGCGUACAAGUUGUUUAUGAAACAGGGACCAUUGUCCUUGUUCAAAGGUGCUCUUCCUCGGUUUGUCAAGGUCUUGGUCAGUGGUGGAAUGACAGGAAUUAUCUAUGAGUAUGUCGAAAAUGUUGUUAACGCGGCCGGCGGUCAAACAAUGUUUAAACUUGAAUAA